AUGUUUACUCCCGUCGAAUCGUCGUUCGGUGCUUUCUUGCUACACCUAAGUACCACGCAUCUACUGUUGGGGAAUGGUCAAGUGCUAGGUGCUAGUGGGGCUCUGGGGAGUGCAUUCUGGAAACCGGAUGGACAUAAUAUACCCCUGCUAGCAGGUAUGGGAAUUAGUGCUCUGGGGACUUGGUACCUCGAUGCGUGGUGGAAGCCGUCGUAUGCUGGGGCACCAGAGGUAUUUGGGAAAUGGACCUGGGUAGUUUGUGGAUUGCUGGUUGGAGUUGGGACGAAGUACUCUAAUGGUUGCACUUCUGGGCACAUGCUCUGCGGCAUCCCACUUGGCCGCCUCCGCUCCGCCGUUGCGGCCGUAACUUUCUCAGCAACAUGUCUCGUCACCGCCACCGUCGUGGGAGCAUACACCGAGUCUCCAUGUGGAAGCACACCAUGCUACACUGUAACCUACCCUACCCCUACCCGCAUCGAGCAACUAGUCGCCAUCACUGCAGCUGCCACGGCAAUAACACGUGCCUCCCUCCCCCUCCUCCGCAAACUCCCACAACGCACAGCGGAGAUAAUCACUUCUCUGUGGUCCGGCGGACUCUUUAGUCUUGGCUUGAUGGUUGCCGGUAUGGCGAACCCGACAAAGCCUUUGGGCUUCUAUUCAAUGAUCACGGACGGCGGGAGGCGCUGGGAUCCGUCCUUCCUCAUGAUUCCCAUAUUCGCAUUGCUCCCGAAUUUCCUGAUCUGGAAAAGGGUUGUUGGAAAGGCUGAUGCCGCACCGAGGGGAGGGUGGAAGGUGCCCACUAAGAAGGAAAUUGACUUCAAGCUGAUUGCCGGGUCGGCGGUGUUCGGAAUUGGGUGGGGGUUGUUGGGUGUUUGUCCAGGGCCUGGGAUCGUAGGUGGAUUCCUGGGCGGUUGGAGGGGAGCUAGUUGGGUUUUUGGAUUUGUGCUUGGGAGAUAUUAAUAUCGCCUUUUCACAAAUGGGAUGGUUGUAAUG